AUGCCUUUCCGUUUCUCCUCCCGCCUGGCCAAGAGUGUCAAGGCCAAGUGCCGCACCAUCUCUACCCAGUACGCCGACUACCGCCGCAAUCGAAAGAUUGCAAAGUCCACCAAUUCUCCGGUGGCACAAAGCCCCCAACCACAACAUGGGGCGGCCAACCCUGCUUGGCAGGGCGAGCCAUACCGGUUCGCCAACGACCCUGACGACUGGGAGAAACACCUGUCGUCAGAGGUCGAGUCCGAGUAUGGCUCGGAAUAUGGCAGGGAAGACAGCAUCUCGGUCCAAGAGGAAGACUUGAGAUGCGAAUAUGAUGUCGACGCUUUUAUUGACUGGUGGCUUUAUAAAUCUUACCUUUUGAGGCAAAUUUCCUCCUCCAGCAUUUUAGGAUGCCAGACUGGCGUUAAGGUCCUUUUCUGA